CUUCAGGGACAGGGCGUUCAGGUUCUCGUGGGUGCGACACUUGUGGCCAAGAAUUCGCUGAAUAUCGACAUAAGCGCCAAAAGGGUGUAUUGGGUGGACAGGGAGACUGUGAACCAACUCGUGUCAAUCGGGUAUGACGGGUCCGGUCGGACACUACACCUCUCAUCCCUGAGUCUGUUCACUGAUAGCCCGCUAUCGGCGACCCAUAUAUUCGGGGAUUAUAUCUAUUGGACGGACAAUAGAAACGAUUCAAUACUUCGCGUCAAUAUGAGAGACACGAGUGAAGCGCCGGCAGUCGAAGUGGUCGUCCAAUCGGGGGUUGAUAUCAAUGCGAUGAACAUUUACCACAAGUCUGUCCAACCGAUGGCAACCAAUAAAUGUGUUCAUCAUUUGUGUCCACAACUGAGAGGCAAUACACGUGCGGUUGUCUACCGUUCCACACAUGGGAUGGGAAUAACUGUGUGUUUACGGGUGUCGAGGAGACGGUCCAUUGAUGUCCAAUGUUUUGGCAAAAUUUAGAAGAGGUAGAGAAGAGGUAUACCUUCGGGAGACGAAAAUGAAUGGCCAUUUAUGAGUGCAUUCUCACCAUUUUAUUCAUAAUUAUAUCUAUAUUUUUGCAUAAAGCAUAUGAUCAUUCAAAAUAUAUUAAGGC